CAGCAUUUGGAUUUGAAAUGAAACCGUUGUCUCCAAUACCACACUUCACACUCUCUCAAGUCUCAACCUUCUCUCUGUUUUCCUAUUAUUAUUUAUAUUUUAUUUCAUUUUUAAGAAUAAAAAAUAAUAGAUAAAGCAUCAGCAUCAGCAACAUCUUCUACCACAGUUUGAAUCUUUCGGAUCUUGUUGGUCGGACUCGGAUCCCCCAUUCCUCAGAUCUCUGAACCCACGAUGCCAUUCGGCUCUUGACAGUGACACCUCAGCUUAGCUUGAUGAUGGAUCCAAGCAACCUUUUGCCAGCUGAUGGACUUGAAGAAGUCCACCAAAAUGGUGUUCAUGACGAACUGUCUAAUUCUGGAAAGGAUGAUAUUGCCUCCAAUGUAGACCCUGGUGUUACCAAAAUUAUAGAAACUGCCGCUACAAAUGGAAAUUUUGAAAAUUUCAUCCAGUAUGAUAGCACUGCAACUGAUUACUCGUCCAAGGAAGGAUCAAACGAUAACAUAGAUGUUAACAAUGUCACCAUUUCCAAGGAAGAGGAAGCAAAAAUCAUAGAUCGGACAGGGCAAUUAAAAGUAGGCAAAGGUCCUGCCAAGAAUAAGAAUGCAAAGCCACCAAGCCCCAGAGGCAGUCAUGUAAGUUCAGUUAAAAAGAACAAAGAUGGAAAAGAUGAAGAGGUAGCAUCUGCUGUUUCAAAUGGUACUUUUGCUUUAGACUCUCACCCAAGACAGCCAAUUAAAAACAGAUCAUUGAGUGACAAGCAGGCUCGAUUGUCCAAGCACCCUGGAAAGUCUAAUGCAGCAACUUCUGAAGAAUCAAUGGAGAAGUCUAGACCACGAUUAUUGAAGAAAGAGCCCCUUGAUAAUCUUCAAGGAGAAACAGAAUCUUCUUCUCCUACCGCAGAAGAUGCCAAACCUCGCAGGGUGGGAGCACUUCCAAAAUAUGGAUUCAGUUUCAAGUGUGAUGAGCGAGCUGAGAGAAGAAAAGAGUUCUACACUAAGCUUGAGGAAAAGAUUCAUGCUAAGGAAGUGGAGGAGAGUAACCUGCAAGCAAAAACCAAGGAGACCCAAGAAGCUGAGAUUAAGAUGCUUCGAAAAAGUCUAGGAUUUAAAGCAACUCCAAUGCCAAGCUUCUACCAGGAGCCUCCUCCUCCUAGGGUGGAGUUAAAAAAGAUGCCAACUACAAGAGCUAAAUCUCCCAAGCUUGGUCGCAAGAAGAGUUCAACGAAUUCAGAGCCAGAAGGAAACCUUAGCAACAAUGCUCGACAAGGUCGUUUAAGUCUGGAUGAGAAAGUGUCUCAGACUAACCCCACUAAAGGAAUUAGUCCUGUUCAUCAAAAGAAGCCACAACGAAAGUCUCUUCCUCCGCAACUGACUUCUGAAAAGACCAGGUCAUCCAAUUCUGCGUCUGUGAGGACCUCAUCUAAGGCAGUGAAUGGUGGUAAAAACUCCUUAUCAAGUGUAACAACUGAAGUUACCACCUUAUCCAAUCCAAGAGAGGAAGAGAAAGUUGAAAUAGCUGCAGCCACUGAAGAGAACAAUGUCUUAUUGAAUGAGACAAGUAAAGCUCUUCCUCUGAAUAUAGAGCCAGAUGAAACAGAAUCUCCUGUGAAUGGUGAUUUAGUCAUUCAAGAGAAACCACAGCUCAACAUGGCGCAAGAACCCAUAGCAGCGGAGCACUAAGCAAACAGCAGGAACAGAACCAAAUAUUAACUAUCAGAUCAAUUGAUCGUCUCAUGAAUGUUAUAGAAGCAUAUGACUGAGAGAUUAUUUAACAAUGAAAGGCUUGCAGAAUUUCUGUGGUUUGCGAUGUCAUUUUGUCUUAAGCAGCAUUGCUUCCUGUGUUUGCUCCUAAAGCUUGCUGGUUUUGUCCUUAUGAUUCUCUCCUCCUUGCAGCAAUGUAUGUAACUAUUUUCCAGGUUGUUCUAGUUGAUGUUUAUUUUAACGUGUAACAUUUGUCUGUUUAGUUAAUAUGUUGGCGAAAAUUUUGAGAAAAGUUUGCCAUUGGUGGCUCAAUCACAUUUUGGAACAAGCCGUGUUGUGGACACUCUUCAUGAACCAUAUGAUUGUGUUAGCUUUGCUUUGUGUUAUUAUGCAUCGAUUUUCAGCUCUGGA